GGGUCCCCCGCGGGGCGGUAGUCUGGUGGGGCAGCCGUCUGUCCCGGCGCGCGGGGGCCCGGCCGCGGCGCUAUGGCCUCCGAGUCGGUGAAGGUGGUGGUGCGCUGCCGGCCCAUGAACCAGCGGGAGCGGGAGCUGCACUGCCAGCCCGUGGUGACCGUGGACUGCGCGCGCGGCCAAUGCUUCAUCCAGAACCCGGGCGCCGCCGACGAGCCCCCCAAGCAGUUCACUUUCGACGGCGCUUACCACAUGGACCACUUCACCGAGCAGAUCUACAACGAGAUCGCCUACCCGCUGGUGGAGGGCGUCACUGAGGGCUACAAUGGCACCAUCUUUGCCUACGGCCAGACGGGCAGCGGGAAGUCCUUCACCAUGCAGGGCCUGCCGGAGCCCCCUUCCCAGAGAGGCAUCAUCCCCAGGGCUUUCGAGCACGUUUUUGAGAGCGUCCAGUGUGCAGAGAACACCAAGUUCCUGGUCCGGGCCUCCUACCUGGAGAUCUACAACGAAGAUGUCCGUGACCUGCUGGGAGCUGACACCAAGCACAAGCUGGAGCUGAAGGAGCACCCGGAGAAGGGCGUGUACGUGAGGGGGCUGUCCAUGCACACGGUGCACAGCGUGGCCCAGUGCGAGCACGUCAUGGAGAUGGGCUGGAAGAACCGCUCGGUCGGCUACACGCUGAUGAACAAGGACUCCUCGCGCUCCCACUCCAUCUUCACCAUCAGCAUCGAGAUCUACGCCGUGGACGAGCGGGGCAAGGACCACCUCCGGGCGGGAAAGCUGAACCUGGUGGACCUGGCGGGCAGCGAGCGGCAGUCCAAGACGGGUGCCACGGGGGAGCGGCUCAAGGAGGCCACCAAGAUCAACCUGUCCCUGUCGGCGCUGGGCAACGUCAUCUCGGCCCUGGUGGAUGGGCGCUGCAAGCACAUCCCCUACCGGGACUCGAAGCUCACGCGGCUGCUGCAGGACUCGCUGGGCGGCAACACCAAGACGCUGAUGGUGGCCUGCCUGUCGCCCGCCGACAACAAUUACGACGAGACGCUCAGCACGCUGCGCUACGCCAACCGAGCCAAGAACAUCAGGAACAAGCCCCGCAUCAACGAGGACCCCAAGGACGCCCUCCUUCGCGAGUACCAGGAGGAGAUCAAGAAGCUCAAGGCUAUUCUGGCCCAGCAGAUGAGCCCUGGCAGCCUGUCAGCCCUGCUGUCCAGCCAGGCGCCCCCAAACCCGGUCCAGGUUGAGGAGAAGCUGUGGUCCCCACCUGUGAUCCAGCACGACACGGAGGCUGAGAAGCAGCUGAUCCGGGAGGAGUACGAGGAGCGCCUGGCCCGGCUGAAGGCCGACUACCGGGCGGAGCAGGAGUCCCGGGCCAGGCUGGAGGAGGACAUCGCGGCCAUGCGCAACUCCUACGACGUCAAGCUGUCCACGCUGGAGAACCUGCAGAAGGAGACAGAGGCUGUCCUGAAGGCAGAAGUCCUCUACAAGGCUGAGGUCCUGUCCAGGGCCGGGUUCGCCAACGUGUCGGAGUACUCGCCCGCCUUCCAGUACGAGACGGCCGUGAGACCCGAGGUCCUCUCCAUGCCCGAUGCUCUGCCCAGCGACGAUGUCGCCAAGACUGAGAUUUCUUCCAGGUUUGAGGAACUGCCCAACGUGGGGCCCUCCAAGUCUGAGAGUUCUUUUGGGUCCAGUGGGUCAUCCACACUGGAAGAAACCUCUGUGUCGGAGGACUUCCCUGGGCCCGAGGAGCCCUCCAACCUCGAGUUCUCCAGCAUUCCCGCGGUGGCUUCUGAGAGCAAAUGCUUCUCGGGAGGGUAUCUCUGCCGGGAGGCCGCCGGGCCCCUGCUGGAGGACGAGAACUACCCCGAGGAGGAGCCGCCGCAGCAGACGCCCCUGCAGGUGUUACCGGGCCUGCGCGAUCCUUUUGCCGAGGUGGAAGCCAAGCUGGCCAGACUCUCCUGGGCUGUGGCCGGUACAGACGCACCCCAGGAAGACGUCCCCAAGGCCCCCAUGCAGUACCCCUCCCUGCCAGGCCUGCUGGAGCCCGGCGAUGCUACUUCUGAAGCCGAGGUGGCCGAUGACUUCCCGUCCAGGACGGACAUUGAUCUGCCCACGGAAGUGGCCUCAGAGGCGGUGUCGGCAGCAGAGCCUGGCGCGUGGGCUGCGGCUGAGGUCCAGGUGGCUUUGGUGGCUCAGCCUCAGCCGCCGCUGGCCGUGGCAGGCACGAGGAGGGAGAGCGCGGGCAUGAAGGUGGCCGUGCUGACCGAUGACCUGCUGCCUGUCGUGGACCAGCAGCAGGUGCUGGCCCGUCUGCAGCUGUUGGAGCAGCAGGUGGUGGGUGGGGAGCAGGCCAAGAACAGGGACCUGAAGGAGAAGCACAGGCGGCGGAAGCGCUACGCGGACGAGCGCAAGAAGCAGCUGUUGGCGGCCCUGCAGAACUCCGACGAGGACAGUGGGGAUUGGGUGCUGCUCCAUGUCUACGACUCCAUCCAGGAGGAGGUGCGGGCCAAGAGCAAGCUGCUGGAGAAGAUGCAGAGGAAGCUUCGGGCAGCAGAGGUGGAGAUCAAGGAUCUGCAGUCGGAGUUUGAGCUGGAGAAGAUCGAUUACUUGGCCACCAUCCGCCGGCAGGAACGUGACUCCAUGCUCUUCCAGCAGCUCCUGGAGCAGGUGCAGCCCCUGAUUCGUAGGGACUGUAACUACAGCAACCUCGAGAGGAUUCGGCGCGAAUCCUGCUGGGAUGAGGAUAAUGGCUUCUGGAAGAUCCCGGAGCCCAUCAUCAUCAAAACCAGCCUCCCAGUAGCAGUUUCAACUGGGCCACAGAACAAACCAGCCCGCAAAACCUCUGCGGCAGACAAUGGCGAGCCAAACAUGGAAGAAGACCGCUACAAGCUGAUGCUAAGUCGUAGCGACAGUGAAAAUAUUGCCAGUAACUACUUCCGGUGCAAGCGAGCCAGCCAGAUCCUCAGCACGGACCCCAUGAAGAGCCUCACGCAGCACAACUCGCCGCCAGGCUUCAGCUCCCCCCUCAGCAGCAACCCUGCCAUCCCAUCCACCCAGGCCCCCGAAAUGCCUCAGCCCCGGCCCUUCCGCCUCGAGUCUCUCGACAUCCCCUUCACCAAGGCCAAGCGGAAGAAAAGCAAAAGCAACUUUGGCAGUGAGCCUCUGUGA